GCCACUUCCUCCUUUGUUGUUUGUAACAUGCUUGAUGUCAGUGGAGUGUUUACGCAGCAAAAUAACAGAGAUCCGCACACCAAAAUCAGCACCAGAAUGUCUGCCAUCUAAAUUUUGGCGAUCGCAUCAGGGAUGACUCCAGAAGUGCUUUCAAUAUUCCAGGUGGUGUGGCAGCAUUGAAAGAUGUCAGCUAUCUGUGACACAUCUGAAGAUGUUCCCCACGUUAUUAGUAGAGACUUGAGCUGAAGGUACAGGGACAUGGAUGAUCUGAGCUCCACGUCUGCGAUGCCAGCUGGCUGGAUCAAAGAAGUGAAGCAGCGCAAAGCCGGGAAAACUGCAGGAAAACUGGAUGUGUACAUUAUAAGUCCUCAGGGGCAGAAGUUUCGAUCAAGGCCAUCCCUGCAAGCCUUUCUCCUGAAGAAUGGGGAAGAUAAUGUGGACAUAUCUCUCUUUGAUUUCACCACACCCAAAGAUCAUGUUAUUACCUCUUCACAAACUCUGUCUUCCAAACUAAAGGAGAGGAAACAGAUGAAAGAAAUGCUGGGUACACCCUCACAAAAAUCUGAAAGCACCAUUUCUCCCUCCAGAAAAGAUUCUAAACAAAAGAAAGAGAAAACUGCAGAAGAUACCGAUCAUAAGGAAGCAGACUUUGUACCGGAGAAAGUCACACAUUCACUAGAAGCUUGUGAAGAGAGAACUGAUGAGACUGAGAAGUGUUGCUUGCAAGCUGUGCCCUCAGGAAUAGAGUGUGAUGUGAAUCUGCAGAAAACUCCUCAAAGCAUGGAGCUGCUGCGUGAAAAGUUACUCCGAUUGGCUCCUUCCAGUGAUAAACAAAACACUUUGAUCGUUCACAAGGAUGUGCAGGCAGACUCACAGCCUUCAGUCCCGGCUCUGAAUGUUGAACCUGCCACUGACAGUGAGAACGAAGGUGAGGAGGAGCUCGUUCAGCCUGUUUCUCACAGCAAAGGUGAGAAUAAAUCUAAUUCUGAACCUGGGGCUGACGCUGACAGUAAUCUGGAUGUGGAAGACGAGGCGGUGUCACCUGACAUGAACGGUGGGAGUAACUCUCCAGUGCAGGAUUCCCAGAAUAAAAUUUCUAUUCUUUCUGUUGUCUUGGCUGUCUGUCUAGAGACCAAGAGCUCCAAAAUCAAACGAAAUAUUAGCCCCUAUUUCAGCCGGAAGCCCCUCAGAGAUGAACCAAGUCCACCCAAGAGGAAGGCCUUUAAAAAGUGGACGCCCCCCCGAUCGCCUUUCAACCUUGUGCAGGAAACCCUUUUCCAUGACCCGUGGAAGCUCCUGGUGGCCACCAUAUUUCUGAACAAGACGAGCGGUAAGAUGGCGAUCCCAGUGCUGUGGCAGUUCUUUGAGCAUUACCCGUCUGCAGAGGUGACCCGAGAGGCCGACUGGAAGCCCAUUUCUGAGCUCCUAAAGCCACUCGGACUUUAUGAGCUCAGAGCCAAAACAAUCAUCCGCUUCUCAGAUGAAUAUCUGUCUAAAGUGUGGCACUACCCGAUUGAGCUGCACGGCAUCGGGAAGUACGGCAACGACUCGUACAGGAUCUUCUGCGUCAACGAGUGGAGAGAGGUGACCCCUUCUGAUCACAUGUUGAACAAGUAUCACGCCUGGCUGUGGGAGAACCACGAGGCUCUGGGAAUCUGAACCCCAGGAGGAUGAAGCUCGGACUUUCUCAGAUCUUUCUCUGUCAUAUCACGUAUUAACAACAGUUAUGUUUCAAUAACACCUGCACUAUCAUCAGCAUAAAAAGUUUUACUUCGUUUUAAAACCAUGCUUAAUAGCUUUUGUUGAAAAAGUUUUACUCUGCUUCGCUAUAAAUGAAUAAAAUGUUUUAAAUGGUUUAAAGUUGAACUGAUUCC